AUGCGAGAGUGGCCCGGUAGCCUCUGUCCACGUCUUCCCAUUGUCAGCGGAUUCGUACACCAUGCGCCACCACGAAGAAGAGAUUGCAGUGAGCAUGAGGAGUUUCCCCUCCCACUCGAGAAGCCUGGCGAAAGCGCAGUCAUUGGCGAUCGCAGCUGGUUCAGGCAAUUUCCAACUCUUGCCAUCGUCGUCGGAGUAAAUGACGGUGCAAGCGGUUAUGUCUCUUUUUGUUCCUUCUUCUUUUCCCUCGUAGGCUCGUUUUGUUGCCACAAGAGGGAAAACAAUCGCACUGCCCCCAACUGCAACCCCUCUGGACCCAGGAACAGCUUCCAGCCUCUCCCACGAAUGCUGCUGCAUCGUCGCUUCAUGCUUGGACUUCGGCAAGCUGGUCUUCUUCCAUGA